AUGGCGACAACAGCCAGUCUCCAAAUUCCUUCAGCGGAGCCCGGCCCCUCUCGUCAACAACAAGUUCAGCAAGGACAAUACCGGCCGGUUUCAGUUGCAGUGCAACCUGCAUCUGCGACAUCACCCCCUCCCUCUGCUGCUCGAAGGCAACGCGCGUCGCAUACCGUCCAACCCAGUAGCAGAGACGAAUCUGCUAGUGGAAACCACAGUGGAAGCGCGCCGGUCGCUUACCACGAUGUCUAUUCUCACCCGGCUGCUGUAGCAUAUCUUGCCGCGCAUCCUCGGCGCACCAUUCCCAAGUUUGGGCCAUAUCUCUUGCUCCAUACCCUUGGAGAAGGUGAAUUUGGGAAGGUGAAGCUGGGCUUACAUAGUCUAUGGGGAGAGGAAGUGGCCGUCAAACUCAUUCGCAGAGGCAACGUAGACAAUAGCGUGAGGAUGAGUAAGGUCGAAAGAGAGAUUGAGGUAUUGAGGACCCUCAAACACCCCAACAUCGUUCGUUUGUACGACGUGAUAGAAACCGACAAGUACAUUGGUAUCAUCCUCGAGUACGCGUCAGGGGGAGAACUCUUCGACCACAUUCUCGCCCACCGGUACCUUAGGGAAGGAUAUGCCUCCAAGCUUUUCUACCAACUCUUAUCCGGUGUUUGGUACAUUCACCAGAAGAAAAUAGUCCAUCGCGAUUUGAAACUGGAAAACCUCCUCCUGGACCGCCAUAGAAACAUCCUCAUCACAGACUUCGGCUUUGCCAAUCGAUUUGAACAUCGCGCAGAUGAUCUCAUGCAGACAUCUUGUGGUAGCCCUUGUUAUGCUGCCCCCGAACUCGUCAUCAGCGAGGGUCUCUAUGUCGGCAGCGCCGUAGAUAUCUGGAGUUGCGGUGUCAUCCUCUACGCCAUGCUUGCCGGGUAUCUCCCAUUCGACGACGAUCCAGCAAAUCCCGACGGGGACAAUAUCAACCUCCUAUACAAGUACAUUGUCAAUACUCCGUUGACGUUCCCCGACUACAUCUCAGACCAGGCCAGAGAUUUACUAAGUUUGAUGCUAGUCCCGGAUCCUACCAAACGAGCUAGUUUGGAAGCUGUAAUGAACCACUCUUGGUUAGCUGCUUUCCAUGCUCCUCCGGCCGAAGGCGAAGUGAUGGAUAUCGAUGUCCCUCGUGCCUUCGGUAGGACCGUGGAGGAUCUGGAACGACAGGCUAUGGAGCAGCAUCAACAAAAGCGCUUAGCUUACCAACGCCAGAUGCGUGCUGCUGCCGCUGCCGCGACUGGUCAGCAUCAGCAAUCAUCAACCACUUCACCCCACGGUCAUGGUUCUCGACAUGGUCAUCACAGCUAUCAACCAGAUGUGCUUUCCGCUGGCCCGGCUUCUGCUGGCGUUGUCAGCCCCAACAGCCGGCAUCGCGAACGCAGCGAACAUCACAGGGAACGCACUCAGCCAGAAUAUCUGUAUGAAACUUCCCUGGACCAAUCAUAUGCAUCUACAGCUUCCCCAGGAAUGCCCACACCGCCUACUUCUGCCCCCGCCGUCAGUGGUUCUACGGCUGCUAGCGCUGGAAGGAAAGGCUUCGUUCCCAGCCCAGUCGCAGUGCCGAUGGACGAGGAUGAUCCGUUCUCCAUGCCCGUUGGUCCGAAGAGUGCCGGUGUUGUCGCGAACAAUGCGCCCGCUGAACGUGAAAGACGGCCGAGUAUGGACGGGACUCGGCUCCCUGCAGCUGUCGCUAGCCCCCCUCUCCCGGAAGUCGCUACAAAGAGCCCGCCAAAGAAACCCGCGGAUGGCUUCAGGCAUACAAUCCAGGUCGAGUAUGAUGAACCCAAAAGCAGCAGAAGGAGUGAUGAUCGUGCUGCUUCAAGACGGAGCGAAGACAAGGAGAAGGAGAGAAGGAAGGAAAGAACGGAUCGGGAUCGGUCAGCGAGUCCGCGCAGGUCAGCCGGCGCAAGCAACGCUGGUAGGAGCCCAAGUGUUGGCCCGAAGCGGGAUGAGAGGGAUCGACAGAGUCGGGUCGCUUCUGGAACCAAACCUCUUCCGCCCUCACCCAAUAUCCUUGCAGCGGAGCCUCCGAUCACGGCCAGCUCGGCGAAGAGAAAUGGAGAGACCCCUCCCCCAGCUAGUGAACGCACCCCGACAAAAGCCAAAUCCGCUGCAGCUAAUGGUGCUUCUACCCCAACACAUCCUAGGAACAACGUACCUGACACAUUGUCCAUGCCGACGCCAGUCGUGAACGUUAACGCGGCUAGUCCCCCUGGUACACCCGUUGCCUUCUCACCUACCGCAAAGGACAGGGAUGAUAUCAGUAUGGACAUUGACGAUGUAAAGGGGGCCAGGAAGAAGCCCAGCAGUGAGGACAAACGAGAAACUAGCUCGCAGCACUCCAAAGGUAGUGGCCAUCGGCGGGGUUUGUCCGCCGUCGGCCUGGGCAAGAUAUUUGGUGGCUCACCCAGUUCCACCAACGAGCGCAUACCAUCAGAAGGAUCUGACACAUCUGGACAGAGCGGCAGUCGACGGCCAAGUACCCUACAGCUACCUUCAGACGGGGAGAGUAAGAAGUCUUCGGUGGGAUCCUCUGUUCUCUUAUCCCCAGCCAACAGCGACAAGGAGGGCGGCAAGGAGAAAGAUCCAAAGAAGACUUCGCGGAGGAAUACAUUGACGGUCAUGGUCGAGCCGUUCAGCAGGAGCAUCAGGAAUAGGAACAAUAAAGGCCGUGGUGCCAGUACCCCCCUUCAUACUCCUGGAGCGGAAACCGCCAAUAUAGAGACCAAAGACGUACCCGUACCUUCCAUGCCCACGAAGGAGGAACUGAAUGCCGACGAGUUCAUCAAGGUAUCACAGGCAGACACAAGCGUCGAUCUUGAUGCAGGAGGUAUGCAGGCCUCGACAAGCGCCGCGAAGAAAGUCAUGCAGUGGUUCAGAGGUAGAGGCAGGGGCGGAAGGGAUUCCAUUGGAUUGGGCGAACCUCCUCUCAAUGCCCCAGAGUUGCCAGAGAAAGAACCCGCGGAACGGUCGCGAACUCCCACACAACUGACGACGAAUGAAAAGGCCAACGCAUCAUCAACUACUGUCAACCAAGCGACUGCUGUCACCUCACCCAAGGAAAGUGCAAGGUCGCCGUCUACACAACGCGGCGGUUUGUCUCCGCUAGGCCACCCGCAGAGGUCCGCAUCCUCAGGCGUCUCGAAUCCAUUGUCCAUCGGUCGAUGGAUGCGUCCUUCGCUUACUACUGCAAGCCCUGCCGUUACCGCUGCUAGGACUCGUCAGACCUCAAAGAAUCCGAACGACGCCAUCCGUAUACAUCACGGACCUGUCGUCACAGCAACGAUUACGAAUAUGGCCCCUCCGGAAGUGAUGAAGCACGUCAAGCAGGUAUUGGACGGGAUGGGUGUCGAGAUCCAACUCGAAAGCGAGUUUAAGUAUAGGUGUGUCCGGGUGAAGAGGAGAAAGGGAGCUGUCGGUGGGUCAGUUGCUGGCGCGGAUUCCGGUAGUCAACUCACGGCUGUGAAUAUGAUGGGGAGCGCUGCUUCGAACGGAGUUGAUAGACGUGGCUUGCCCGUCCCCUCACACGGAACGUUUUCUGGUAAUAUGUUGAAGGGACUGCUCAUGCGUCGACAAUCGUCUCAGGUAUCAUCACCAAACAUGCAGCCCUCCCUUUCAUUCGACGAUGAGGCUAUUUCACCCAUCGGUGAGACCACCUCUCAAUCCAUCAACCCCUCACAAGACCAUUCCCCGGUCUACGGCGACAUUUCGCAAGAUGCUGGCGAUGAAGUUCGGUUCUCCGUUGAGCUGACGAGGCUGGACGGCUUAAACGAUACGUACAGCUUGGAUAUCAGGCGACUCCGGGGUAACCUAAGAAGUUACAAAUUCUUACACGACAUUAUCAGAGAUCGUGCCGAUCUGCAGAGAUAG